UUGGUGAGUGACUCGAGUAUGGAUGCCAUCUUAGGCACAAUAUAUGGGUCACCGUACUCUACUUGAUUUACUCAAGUGUAAGAUCCAAUGUACUGCUGGACCUUCAUCUCCCACUCGCACACUCGAAAAUUGGGAUCCUUUCUUGAAUUCUUUUCUUUUCUGCUUCACUCUGCACUGCAUCGCAAUAAAUAUCCCACAAACUUUCACGGAUCUCGCUUCACAUCCCGCUAUGGCUGACCCUGCCAGCUUAGCAAUAUAUUUAUAUAUAUCUAUUCAACCCUUCCACGUGUUAUUUCGGGAUUCCCACACCGCCCAAUCUUACACUCUCCCUUCUCCUCCACUCCAUUACUCUUUUGUUAUGUUAUAACACUGCCACUCUCUUCUUUCUGUUUCCUUUUUUUUUUUUUUUCUGAUCAAACUCUUCUCUCUUUGCAAGCUUUUCCUUGACAUGGCUAAGUAUCUGUUAGUCCCUUUGGCUGCUUCAUCACCGCCCGCCUAUAAUUCUUCUUUAUGCCCAAAUUACCAUUUUCUUCCCCAUUCAAAGUCUCUUUCUUUUGCUCUUUCUAAGCCUUUUUAUUGUAAGACCCAAUUCUCUCUGACUUCACUUCACCGUCGUUUAAGCCCUAUUCCUGCUCUUGACUCUGAUGUUCCCAGCCCUCUUCAUCAGGGAUCAGUUAACAUAAAGAGCAGCAGGACCUUUGAACAAUGGGAUUCAUGGACUGCAAAAUUCUCAGGAGCUGCAAAUAUUCCAUUUUUAGUACUGCAAAUGCCUCAGAUUAUCCUCAAUGCCCAAAAUUUAAUGGCUGGAAAUAAGACUGCUCUUUUGGCAGUACCAUGGCUGGGGAUGUUUACUGGGUUGCUUGGAAAUCUUUCAUUACUUUCUUAUUUUGUGAAGAAGAAAGAAAAGGAGGUAAUUGUGGUGCAAACACUCGGAGUGAUUUCUAUUUACAUAGUUAUUUCUCAGCUUGCAAUGGCAGAAGCUAUGCCUCUACCUCAUUUUGUGGCUACUUCAGUAGUUGUGGCUACUGGUUUGGUUUUGAAUUUCUUCAAUUACCUUGGCAAGCUUAAUGCUGGUGUCUGGCGCUUUUGGGAAGAUUUUAUUACUGUUGGUGGACUUACAGCUCUUCCGCAGGUCAUGUGGUCUACAUUUGUUCCAUAUAUACCACACAGCAUCUUGCCAGGGUCAAUAGCAUGUGUAUUAGCUGUUGCAGCUGUUAUAAUGGCAAGAACAGGAAAGCUUUCGGAAAAAGGUGCUAAAUUUGUUGGAGGAUUAUCUGGAUGGACUGCAACUCUUCUAUUCAUGUGGAUGCCAGUUUCGCAAAUGUGGACAAAUUUCCUCAGUCCUGAUAAUAUUAAAGGCUUAUCAGCUUUCUCAAUGCUGCUUGCUAUGAUGGGAAAUGGAUUAAUGGUCCCACGUGCUCUCUUCAUUCGUGAUUUUAUGUGGUUUACUGGUUCAACCUGGGCUGCACUCUUUUAUGGAUAUGGAAAUAUAUUAUGCAUGUAUUGUUUCAACAGUAUCAGCAAGGAAUUCUUUCUCGCGGCAACAAUUGGUUUGAUUUCAUGGAUAGGUCGACUCUCUAUCCCUCUCCAGUUCAUGUUAAGAAAUGAAUGGCUCUGUGGAGAGACACUGUAGUAUAUGGACACAGCUCGCCUCUGACAUCCUUAAAAGAGUUGGUCGUUGGCUCAACUUGAAUUUCAAUGUGGACUCUCAUGAAAAGCAUAAAUGAUAAGCAAUCAACCAGGUCUAAUGAUCUUUAUUCUUAUGCAUUCAUGGAGACAUCUAAGAAGUGAGCUCUUGGUCAAGAUUGCAGCCACUGAACCACAGUAUCCCAACCAUGGAGGCUCCAGGUGGAGAACGUUUGUUUGGCAAUGACUUGAUGUGCUUCCACUUUAGUAUUGGUGGAAGUAAUUGAUAUGAUGAUUAUAGAAAUUUAGGCUUUGAUUAUCCUUAUUCGAUUGUAAUAAACAGAGUUGGAUUAUUGUCCCAUACUGCCUGUAAGGCAUGUAUAAUUUUCCUGGGAAUAAAUUUUCUUAUUUCAAUCAAAGGCUAUUUUGUUAUCA